CCUGGUGGACCCUGCUCCCAUCCUGGCCCGGCACCCCCCGCCUCGCUGCCACCGACGCGGUUCGCUCGCGGCUCCUCCGUGCGGCCUGUUUCCGGUGGGGCCAGGGCGUCUCCGCAGCGGCCCGGCUCCCGCGCGCUCGGCACCGCCGGCCGCGGCCAGAUGCAGGCGGAGCGAGUAGCUCGGGGAGGCCGCGGGCGGAGGCCCGGUCGCGAACGGCCCGGCGGAGAUCGCCACGGCGAGCGGGCCGGGGCGGCGGUGGCGAGAGGCGGUGGCGGGGACGGAGGCGGCCGCAGGGGCCGCGGCCGGGGCUUCCGCGGCGGCCGAGGAGGAGGCGCCCCACGAGGUGGCCGCCGAGACCGGGGAGGCCGAGGCGCCGGGGCCAGCGCGCCGGUUGAGGAUGACAGUGAUGCAGAGACCUAUGGAGAAGAGAGUGAUGAGCAAGGAAAUUAUUCUAAAAGAAAGAUUGUCUCUAACUGGGAUCGAUACCAAGAUGUUGAAAAAGAGGACAAUAACGAAAGCAGAGGAUCACAGAGGGGAACAGAUUUCAGUGUCCUCCUCAGCUCAGCAGGGGAUUCCUUCUCACAGUUCCGGUUUGCUGAGGAGAAAGAAUGGGAUGGUGAAGCUUCAUGUCCAAAACAGAAUUCAGCACUUUAUGUGGAUAGUGAGUCAUUGGUUCGAGCCCUUCAAGGACUGCCGCUCUCACUGCGACUCAACGUGGCUGCUGAGUUGGUUCAGUCCACGGUUCCUCUGGAGCUUCCUCAAGUGAAACCAAAGAGAGGUGAUGACAGCAAAGGACAAGGGGUGCAGCCCUUGAAGGGGCCCUUGGGGCCUGGAGGCAGGGCUUCCACAUCUGAGCUGAAAUCUGCCUCUGCUGGCUGCUCUGAGGCCCUGGGAACAGUCGGCCUGAGACUGGGUCCCCCUGGGGGUUCUCAGAAACCUGCCUCCCAGGCGCAGUCAGCAGCAGACCACCUGGAGGAAGAACUAGAUCUGUUGCUUAAUUUAGAUGCACCUGUAAAAGACGUAAGUGCCAUCUUACCAGAUCAGACCUCUCAGGACCUGCAAUCUGAGAAAGAUGCGGAGAUGGCCCAAGAGGAAAAAGUUCCUGCAAAACCAUCUGUGACUGAGGAAAAGGACAUGGCACCUGAGCAACCAAGUACAUCCCAAAACGUGGUCACUGAGGAAGAGCUGGAAGACUGGCUGGAUAGCAUGAUUUCUUGAAGAAGAAAAAAAAAAAAAAGUGCCUGAAGCAAAUUUUGGUUGCCUUCUAAGUAAGGGUGGGCAUAGGCUUUCCUCGGGAGCAGCUCGUUUACAAGCAUGCCCCAGCCAGGGUGUUCCUUUACGCUUAUAGCAGUAACCCCUACCUCUGUGCUUGAACAUCUGCAUUUGUUUUUCCAGCUUAAGGGCAGGGGCUGUAUGGCUCUUAGUUCUAGCCUUCUUCUGGGCACGGUUUGUGUACAGCAUAGCAGGUACUGCUGAUGAUUAAGAGAAUAGAUGCAAACUGGCCAAAAUAAACAAACACUGGUCUGAG